AUGGUUGCGGAUAGGAGGAGUAUGAUGAGUCUGUUUGUGGCUGGGUUGUCCCAUAUACCAACAAAAGAGGGCAGAGCUGCGAUGCUAAUUAGGGAUAUGGAUAUAUCAAGGUUGAUGGUCUAUAUGCAGCAGGUUAAGGAAGAGAAGUUGAGAUAUACGGAGGAAUUCAAAAAUAAGAAGGCUAAGACAGGAAAUGAGUCCGGCAGCAAAAAAUCUCAAGGUUGUUUCAAGUGUGGGCAAGAGGGUCAUUUCAUAAAAGAGUGCCCUAAGAACAGGCAAGGUAGUGGAAAUCAAGAUAAUAGAGCCCAAUCUUCAUCCGUUGCUCCACCAGAUAGGGAUGCACCUAGAGAAGCUACUUCCAGUACUGGUGAAGGAGAAAACCGCCUCUAUGCAAUCACAAGUCGUCAUGAGCAAGAGAACUCUCCAAAUAUUGUCACUUGUAUGAUCAAAGUAUUUACUUUUGAUGUUUAUGCUUUGCUAGACCUAGGAUAA